AUGGCUACAACAAUGAGUUUAUCUAACUUAUCCACAAAUAUUGAUUUAUUAUCAUCUUCAUCAGCAGCAGCAGCAGCAUCAUUACAUGGACAUGAUGUAACCAUCCAAGCAAAUAAUAAUAAUAAUAAUUCACUAGAUCAAUCAAUUACACCACAAUUAUUUACUCAAUUAGGAACAAUUACCUCUUCGACAUUAUCACGGGAUCCUAAUGAAUUAUGUACAAAUUUAAAUAUGGUUGAUAGAAAUUUAACAAAUUCUAAUUUUUCUUCAUUUAUUCAACAACAUUCACAAUAUACUAUACCAAAUCAAUUAACAUCAAAUUCAUCAAAUUUAUUUAAUACAUCAAAUUAUUUUACACAAUCUAAUACACAUUUAUCUACAACUAAUUGUGUGAGUAUGUUACAACAACAACAACAGCAGCAGCAGCAACCACAUCAUCAUCAACAUCAACAACAUUCAGAAUUGAAACGUGAUAAUUAUGAAAUGUUAGAUAUGUCAACAGAUCCAACUAAUCAAUUUGGUUUAGUACGUUCAUGGAUAGCUCAACAACAACAACAAAAUCGGCAGAAUAAUGUUAAUCAUCUUCAUCAUUCUAAUCCUCAUCAAAAUUCACCAGAAUGUUCUAAUUCACCAUCGGACCAGUCUAAUUUUUUAAUUAAUACACCUAAUCAAUCGCAUGGUUGUCUUAUGAAUUCACAAUCACAAAAUAAUAAUAAUAAUAAUUUUAAUCAUAUUUCAUCUAUAUCACCUAAUUCCCUGGGUAAUCACAAUACAACUAAUAAUAAUAGUAAUACUAAUAAUAGUACAAAUAAUGGUACUCGUAAUGGUUCAAUGGUUUCUGCAUAUUCUGCAGUUGCUGCAGUACAUCAUUUAACUCAAAUGAGUAAUCAAAUGGUUGGUGCAAUAAAUGGAAGUAAUAAUAAUCAUAAUAACAAUUCUGUUGUUGGAUGUUUAUUUGAUAAUACCACUGGUUCAAUGAUCAAUAGUCAUGUUCCGUUCAAUAAUAGAGGAUUAUCAUCGAAUCAGUUAGUAAAUCCUACAAGAUAUACACAUUGUACACCACGAAUGGAAGUAGCAUGGGCUCGUUUCGAGAAACAACCACCGAAUAAUUUACGUAAAAGCAAUUUUUUUCAUUUUAUUAUUGCUUUAUAUGAUCAAAAUAGACAUCCAAUUGAAGUGGAACGUGCUGCAUUUAUUGAUUUUGUAGAAAAGGAUAAAGAACCGGAGGGUGAAAAAACCAACAAUGGAAUUCAUUAUCGAAUACGUUUACUAUUUGCUAAUGGUGUUCAACAAGAUCAAGAUUUAUAUAUUCGAUUGGUGGAUUCAUCUACAAAACAACCUAUUGCCUAUGAAGGACAAGAUAAAAAUCCAGAAAUGUGUCGAGUCCUACUUACACAUGAAGUGAUGUGUAGCCGAUGUUGUGAAAGAAAAAGUUGUGGUAAUCGAAAUGAAACACCAUCAGAUCCUGUCAUUUUAGAUAGACAUUUUCUUAAAUUCUUUAUGAAAUGUAAUCAGAACUGUUUAAAAAAUGCUGGUAAUCCACGUGAUAUGCGCCGAUUUCAAGUUGCAAUAUCAUCAACUCAUGCAAUUGAACGUAAAUUACUCUGUAUAUCAGAUAAUAUGUUUGUGCAUAAUAAUUCAAAACAUGGACGUCGUAUUCGUCGAACAGACUCCAUUGACGGUGUUUACUCAACUAUAAGUCCAGUGAUUAAAGCACUUAGUCCAAAUGAAGGAUGGGUUACAGGUGGUGAAACGAUUACUGUGAUUGGUGAGAAUUUUUUCCCCGGUCUACAAAUUGUUUUUGGAUCAACUGCUGUAUGGGGUGAACUAAUUACACCACAUGCUCUACGUGUUAGUACUCCACCAAGACAUUUAUCUGGUGUAGUUGAAGUGACAUUAGCAUUUAAAAAUAAAACAUUCUGUAAAAAUAAUCCAGGUAGAUUUGCUUAUAUUGCAAUGACAGAUCCUACAAUUGAAUAUGGUUUCCAAAGAUUAUGUAAAAUUAUUCCACGUCAUCCAGGUGAUCCAGAACGUUUACCACGUGAAAUCAUCUUGAAGCGUGCUGCAGAUUUAGCCGAAGCAUUAUAUACAAUGCCUAAUCGUGGUGGUAUUGGAUUUCGAUCACCACAUUUACAACUAGCUUCUCAGUCACUACAACCAACAUCAUCAUUAUCAUCCUCCAUAUUUUGUACUAAUCAAGAAGAAGUAGAAGAGAGGGCAGAAGAAGAAGAAGAACGUCAUCAACAGCAUUCCCAACAUCUAACAGACAAUAAUCAAAAUUUAGAAAAUCGAUGUACAUCAUCUUCAAAUAAUGUUAAUAAUAACAAUAAUACUAGUCAUAUUUCAUUAUGUCCUAAUGUAUCCUCAGUACAAAUGGGAUCAAUGAAUAGUUUUUUAGCAUUAACUGGUCAAAAUGGUAUUAAUUUUUAUCCAUAUGGAAUAACAACGUCAACGACAACGUCAGCAGCAGCGCCAUCAAUUCUAUCAAAUUUAGAGUUAAAUGAACAUCGUGACAGCUUGUCAGCUUUACAUGAUUCUAGAAUUAGUUUACAUAAAGCUUUUUAUACAUUUGAUAGAAAAGAUGUUGAUAAUGCAUUAUCAAGCGGUUAUUGUUGUUGUACUACAACUGGUACAUCAACAACCACAACAAUGGCAACAACAACGACAACAGCACAUUUAAUUCAUUCCAAUUCUAAUUCAACAUCGAUUAUAAAUGAUGAUAUUAUUGGUAUGAGUCAAAGCAGUCCUGAAAGUGGUACGGUCACUAGUAAUAGUAGUAGUAAUAGUAGUGGUGGUCUAGAAAGUGUACAAAGUGAUAUGAAUUGUUUAGAUAAUAUAAAUCAUAAUAACUCUCCAACAAAUUCAAAUAAUGAUGAAUUACAAAAUUCAAUAAACUGUCGUCGUCAUCAUCAUCAACAACAACAACAAUCACAUUCACAUCGUCAGUCACAACUGAAUCUUCAUCGAAAUCAACAUGGAUUUGAAGAUAUUGUUGAAGAUGAUAAUGAAGAAGGUGAUAACAAUGAUAAUAAUAAUAAUAGUAAUAAUAGUAAUAAUAAUGUUAAUAAUAUUAAUGAACAUUUAAAUAAUCAUAGAUCAGGUUUAAUGUUAAGUAAUAAAAAGUUAAAACAGUCAAAUAUUUACACCGAAUCUAUUAACCAUAAUCAUAAUCAUCAUAAUUAUCAUCAUCAUCAUCAUCCAUUGAAGAGGUUACGUUGUGAUUGGUCAAUAGAAGAGAAACAUAUGAAUGAAACUAGACAACGACAAGAAAUAUAUGAUGUAAUAAAAAUGCCAAAUGAUUCAUUUCAAACUAUAACACGAAAUAUAGCACCAUUUUUAAGGCAUAUAAAUGAUGAAAUUAAUUAUAAUGUUAAUGUUCUACCUGAAAUGAAUUCAUCAAUAAUGAAACAUCAUGAUAAACAAUUAAUCUCUACAUGUUUAAAUACAAAUUUUGUAUCCAAUUUAAAUCCUUCUUAUCAUGUAUCACAAACAAAUAUAUUAGAUUCAAAUAAUGAUAAUUGUUUAUUGAAAUCAGUUAAUACAAAUGAAAUAACUGAGUAUAAUGAACAUGGAAUUAAGACAAGUAACAAUGUCAAUCAAUCAAUUUGUCCACAAACUACAUCCUAUUCAAAAUUUAAUAAGUCAUCUUCUCUUUAUGAACAUAAUAGAGAUCGUCAUCAGAUACCACUUUCAAAAUCAACUUGUAGAUUACCAUCAAGUGAGUUAACUUCUAUGGUUGAAAAUAAAACAACAGAUGAUAAUUCAUGGACUGGAUCAUCAUAUAACUUACAGCAUUUAUCAACAUCGUUAAUUUAUCUAGCAGAUAACUAUACAGAUCAUGAUAUAGAAUCAACAUCAUCUUUAUGUUCUACAACAGAAACCUUAUCUUCAAUAAAAAACUCAACUAAUACUCCAUCAUCAAUAUCAUCUGUUAGAACAAGAACAAAUUCUGUACAAUCACCUAAUCAUGAACAUCAAAUUCAUUUGAUGCAAAGAGUAAAAUUAAAUGAAACAUCAAAAUCUAUAAAUCAUAUGUUUCAUUCAACUCCAACAUUAUCUUCACCUUUGUCUUUAUCAGGUUCCAUCUCUUCCUCCUCUUCAUCCUCAUCCUCAUCAUCAACGUCAUCGGCUACAACUAUUCAUGAGUCAAUGAUAAGUAAAGAAAAUGUUAUGGAUUCUUCAAGUCCAAUUAUACAAUGGUCAAAAUAACCAAGGGAUAAUCGUUAACCAAAUGGAAUGACGACAACAUAUAUAUAGUUCAAAGAAAAGCUACACUGCACAAAAUUUUAUUUAUUACUGUUAUUAUUAUCUUCAUUAAAUAACCCCUCUUUUUUAAAAACAAACAAACAAACACCCUAAACAAAAUCACCCGUCAACUGACUAAUUCAUUCAUUCAUUAUUCAUAUGUGCAUGUAUGUGUGUGUGUGUGCAAUCAACUUAAUAUCGAAUCCAAUGUAUUCUAAUCAUUUCAAUCCCAACACUGAUAUCAACAAAAAAGGGCAAGACUAUAAUUUAUGGACGAACCAAUCAAAUUUACGACAACAGGUCUUGGAUUUUGGCGUGAAAUUCACUCAUUCAUUUGGCUAAAUAGCAUCUUGGCAUUAUAAUCGAUAUCAGUUCGUGAUAAAAACUCAAAAUCUAAUUUCUAACCUUAACCACUAACUGUAAAUCACAAUCUUUAUCUUUCACAUAGCUUUAAAACACUUAUUUAGCCCUAGUCAGUUGGUGAACAUUUGUCAAGUUCACUUUGGAGUCGUUCAAAUAUCAUCCAUAAAUUAUAAUUUUAUCACAAAAACAUCAAAGACAUCUAAUCAACAAUUUACUCUAUACACAUUGACUUGUAGUAAAAAAGAAUCAACAAUUUUUUCUUUCAUAAUUACUAUAACAUAAUGAUCUUAAUUUUUUGGCUUUCUUUUGUACAGUGAAUGCAAAAUAAUAAUUUUUAC